CUCCUCCUUUCAAUCUUUGCAGUUUGGGCGUUUUUCACUAGAGGGGAUAGAUUGUGAUUUUUCUUUUUUCCAAGUCUUUCGCCAUGUCCGCAUUCAUUAGAUGGUACAAUGGAAGGCUCGCAGCCCGUCCUCUGCUCACUCAGGGCGUGACGACAGCCGUGCUCUUUGCAACUGGUGAUCUCACCGCUCAGCAGCUGGUCGAGAAGAAGGGCCUGAAGAACCACGAUGUGGCUCGAACAGGCCGUAUGGCGCUCUACGGUGGAUGUGUUUUUGGGCCUGUUGCAACCACCUGGCUGGGUUUCCUCGCCCGUCGCGUCACCUUCAGAAAUGCCCGUGUUGAGACGUUGGCGCGUGUGGCGGCUGAUCAGACGCUCUUCGCCCCCGUCAUGAUUGGAGUCUUCCUGGGCAGCAUGGCCACCAUGGAGGGCAAAAGCCCCAAGGAGCGCCUCGACACCACCUGGUGGCCGGCUCUCAAGGCCAACUGGAUGCUGUGGCCGUUUGUGCAGUUUAUCAACUUCACCUUCUUGCCGCUGCAGUACCGUCUGCUGUUUGCCAAUGUCAUCUCCAUUGGCUGGAACAGCUACCUCAGCUGGGUGAACAGCCAGGGCCAGAACAAGGGCCACGAGCUGGUCGCUGCCCCCGCCACCUAAGUUGCCCUCUUUGAUGAAAAGAUUUUAAUUGCUCCCUUUUUACGUCUUUUUUUGUCUUUUGCGGUUUAUAUGGGUACUUGUGCUAGAGAAAGGAAAUGGGAUAUAAGAUAGAAGGCUAGAGAUGAUUCGGAGUGCGGCAACUGGGUCGCUCAGAGCACCCUGUGUUGCGCCUCACGAUAAUCAAUCAUAAUGCAUGACGACGCAGUGCAUUUUCGCAUUUCAUUAAAGAUCUCUUAUCGAU